UCUGUCCCAGGUGCAGCUCCAGCCCCAGACAUGUCCUGCUACACCCCGUGCCUGCCCUGCCAGCCCUGCGGCCCGACCCCGCUGGCCAACAGCUGCAAUGAGCCCUGUGUCAGGCAGUGCCAGGACUCCACCGUGGUCAUCCAGCCCUCCCCCGUGGUGGUGACCCUGCCCGGGCCCAUCCUCAGCUCCUUCCCACAGAACACCGCCGUGGGAUCCUCCACCUCCGCUGCCGUUGGCAGCAUCCUCAGCUCUCAGGGAGUGCCCAUCAACUCCGGGGGCUUUGGCCUCUCUGGCCUGGGCAGUGGCCUCUGUGGCAGGAGGUGCUUCCCCUGCUAAAACUGCUGCCCAUGGCCCUGGGGAAGGCCC